CAGGUUUUAAUUACAAGUGGAAGGCAGGUCUUUGAAGUGCAGCAUGGCUACCCACCAGCUUUUACAGACUAGGCAAAAGAAGAAGUCCUCUAAGGAGUCGGUGUUGUUCCCCAACAAAAUUGUUACUGAGCAGCAGUCUGUGGUGCUGGUGAAAAGACUUUUGGCCAUCUCUGUAUCCUGUAUAACAUACAUGAGAGGGCUCUUCCCAGAGAGCUCUUACGGAACGCGCUAUUUAGAUGACCUCUGUCUAAAAAUUCUCCGAGAAGAUAAAAGCUGUCUGGGAUCACUACAGAUAGUCAAGUGGAUUCAAGGUUGUUUUGAUGCUUUGGAGAGACAGUAUUUGCACAUUGCUGUCCUCACAAUUUACACCAAUCCCAAGGAACCGGAGACAGUGACUGAGCUGUAUCAGUUCAAAUUCAAGUACAAAAAGGAGGUGCCCCAGAUGGACAUCAUCAGCAACCAAAUGAACUUUGUGAAUGGGGUGUGCAGCGAGGACCUUAAACAGGCCAGCAGGCUCCUGAUCCGUAAACUGUACCUGUUAAUGCAAAACCUGGGGCCACUUCCCAACGACAUUACUCUGACCAUGAAACUCCUCUACUACAAUGAUGUAACUCCCAAAGAUUACCAGCCCCCAGGCUUUAAGGAAGAUGGCAGCUCUGGUGACCUGUUGUUUGAUGGCGAUCCUGUCAACCUGAAAGUAGGGUCAGUCUCCACUGGUUUCCACCUCAUGAAAGUGAGAGUGACAACUGAAAAGAAAAGAAUGGGGACAGUUGAAUGCAACCUGAUCCAGAAGAAUGGCCCUACUGAGAUCUCCCAUCAAGGGUUAGACUGUGAUGAAGAGGAAGAAGAGGGGAGCACAAAGCAUCACCCUUUCCCUGUCAGAGCAGAUUCAAGUAAGUGUGGAAAGGCCAAAAGUGACACCCAUCCAGGCUGGAAAACAGCAGCAUCUUCUUUUUACCGUCAAGAUAGAGGUGGAAAGAAGAAGCUGGAAACAAAGGAGACAGGUGGAAUGCCUUGCUCAAGGGCAUCUCAGCAGAUAAACAGCCUGAACAUUGCGUUUAGCCAGGAAGAGGUAAUAGGACCCAAGAAGAAAAGGAAGGUCAGUGAACCAGAGAAGCUGCUUAUGGAAGGCAGGAAAUGAAGUUCAUUCUGACACACAAUGCAUCUUGGAAGGUGUGAGUUUGCAUUGUCUUCUGACUAGUAAAGACCUUUACUCUUUUCCAAUAUCUAACUCUUCCACAGACCACGUAUAUUUCUACACAUUUAUUUGUCUAGUACGAACUUGGGAUUGCAAAGAGACAGCAAGCACCAUAGUUGUCAUGAUGAUGUCAACCAACAGCACUUGUUUCAUGUUCUGAAGUUGAUUAUGAUUCCAUGUGAAUGGUGUUUGUGUGUUUCUUUCUGUCUCUCUCCCUGACACCCCCCUCACUGGCUAUAUUUCCUCCUCUGCGGCUGGACUGUCCUUUGCCAGCAUGCCAUCAAUAUAUAAUGGCACUAUUUCAAGAUGAACUCUCUGAGGUAUCAAUGCCAGCAAGCAACAAGUCUCAUGAGUUACUAGAUUGUGCUUAACUUCAUCCUAUCUACUGUUUCCGGAGCAUAGAUUUUUUUUUCAAAGGGUUUUUAUCUAUACUGAAUACAGAGAUAAAGUAAUCUAUACACAUUU